AUGGCUGAAGAUACCAAGGAGGUCGUCGGGGAGGCCCGUCCGGCGCCGGCGAACGACUACAUCGUCGACUGGGACGGGGACGACGACCCUGCGAAUCCGCUGAACUGGCCGUCGCGGCGUAAGGCCAUCAACAUCACCCUGCUCUCAUGCCUGACCUUUGUCACCCCGCUCGCGUCGUCCAUGUUCGCGCCCGGAAUCCCCAGAGUGAUGGCCGACUUCGACAGCACGAGCGUCAUCCUCGCCUCGUUCGUGGUCUCGGUGUACCUGAUCGGCUACGCGUUCGGGCCCCUGGUGUGCGCGCCCCUGUCGGAGAUCUACGGCCGCUGGCCCGUCUACCAGAUCACCAACGUCCUGUUCAUCGUCUUCACCGUCGCCUGCGCCGUCGCGCCGUCGCUUGACAGCCUGAUCGGGUUCCGCUUCCUGGCCGGGUCCGCGGGCUCGGCGCCGCUGGUGCUCGGCGGCGGGAGCGUGGCCGACCUGUACACGCGGGAGGAGAGGGGGUCCAAGAUGGCCAUCUUCGCGAUGGGUCCGUUGAUCGGGCCCGUGGCUGGACCCGUUGCAGGUGCUUUUCUCUCGCAGAAUGUUGGGUGGCGAUGGGUAUUCUGGGUCAUUAGCAUCGCGGCCGGAGUCGUCACGGUCUUGUGUUUCCUCUUCAUGAAGGAAUCCUACGCCCCGGUCCUCCUCGAGCGCAAAGCCGCCCAGCUCCGCAAGUCGACCGGCAACACGCAGUACAGGUCGAAGAUGUCGACGGAGGACUCGCCCCGCGCAGCGCUCGCAAAGGCCCUGAUCCGCCCGACCAAGAUGUUUUUCAUGUCUCCCAUUGUCUUCAUCUUUGUCGUCUACGUCUCCAUCAUCUACGGCUACCUCUACCUCCUCUUCACGACCAUCACCGAGAUCUACGAGAGCAUCUACGGCUUCUCUACCGGCCUCGCUGGCCUCUCCUAUUUGGGUAUCGGUGUUGGCAUGUUUAUCGGCCUGGCCCUGUUCGGCGCCACGAGCGACCGGCGCAUCCAGGCCAAGAAGGCCAAGGGCGACGUCUCCCCCGAGGUCCGGCUGGAAGGGCUGAUCCCGGCGGCGAUCUGCAUCCCCAUCGGGUUGUUCUGGUACGGCUGGUCGGCCGAGAAGCAGAUCCACUGGAUCAUGCCCAUCAUCGGCACGGGCUGGGUGGGACUGGGACUGAUGGGCAUUUUCAUGGCCGUCCAAACUUACCUCGUCGACUGUUAUCCGCUCUUCGCCGCCAGCGUCACGGCAGCGAACACCGUCGUCCGCUCGCUGACGGGGGCGUUCCUCCCGCUUGCCGGCCGGCCCUUGUACUCCGGUCUCGGGCUGGGGUGGGGCAACAGCGUGCUCGGGUUCAUCGCACUGGCCAUGGUGCCGCUGCCGUUUGUCUUCAUGCGAUACGGCGCCCGACUCCGAACGCACCCGCGGUUUCAAGUCAGCUUCUGA